CCCUCCCCACAGAACAGCAAGGGACAGUGGGGAAGGAGAAAGUUUGAGAGGAAGCGUGUGUGACAGAGAGAACGUAAGAAGAUGAGAGUUGACAUUUGAGGAGAGCUGAUGGUGUCUUUGACUCACGUGGCCACAUGGAUUCACACAAUGAGCAUGCACAGCAACAGAUAACGAACAAAACAUAUCGGGAUAAUUGAUCCGAGAAGGAGAUUCGAAGCCUGGACCGGACCAUUUCAGCUGAAGGGUUGGAUUGGACCAGGUCCUGUUGCGGUUCUGAAGGAGCUGUUUCCCAGAAGACUCGACUCAACUGGCAACUGUUAGGAUCUACAAGUUCUCAAAAUAGAGGGAAUAACUAACUCAAAACACAACUACAGUGGAGCGGGACCCAUCUUUCCUGCUUUGCCGGCUGCGCAGUGCUGAGUGUGGAUAUUUGUGAUUGAUGAGUCAGUGUGAUCUCUCAGCAGAAAGGUGAGUGUGUGUACCAGUCUGGACAGUUUGAGAGAUUUCCCCCGUAUUUGUUACACUUUAUGUCUGUGCAAUGCUAUGAUUCAUUAACACAGAAAUAGAAAUCAGAAAGUCCCCACCAAGUCUGGGGGUGGCGGCAGAAAUAAUGCAUCCAAAACCCAGAGCCCAUCCACCCCACACCAGGUUACAAUAGACACCUUAAAACUCCUGAGCACCCGGAUAUCCUGCCACAUGUUUAUCAAGGUCGCUGCAAGUUUCAAGAUUGUUUGAGUACGAAAGCAGAGACAUUAGUUUAUCAUUGAAGAAGCUUUCCAGCGACAUAACAGUGUGGUGACUUCAUCUGAAGGGGUGAAAAGUGGAACUGGACAGACAUAAAGAUUGCUUCAUGAGAGAGGUGAGAUAUAUUCAAGACAAAGACUCCAAGCUGGACUGUGGGUGUCACAAUCACAUCUUUUACACGAGGACAUGCUUCGUUUUUGUUUUUUGUUGGGACUGGCUUGAACUUGAGCUAAAACUUUGAGCUGUUUAGACUUUAAACUCCACAUCAUCCUCUCCUGUGAAACUAGUGGACCUCCAGAAUCGCUUUGGGGGCCUGAAGGCUUUACGUCUUAAAGAUCUUACUGUAGACUUUCUUUCUUGAUUUCUCCUACACUCACCCAGUUAUGGAUUCACAGGGGGGUCCUUACCUAAACAAGAGGGCCCUGUGCUCACCUCUGGGCGCUGCCCGCCUCUGUCAGUUGGCUAUGGGCUGUGCUGUGAUUGCCAUGGUAACCCACAGUGCCGGCUACAGCGGUUCACAUGGUGUGUUCUGUAUGGCGGCAUGGUGCUUCUGCUUCGCCAUGUCGGUCGUUGUGUUCUUCCUGGAUGCUACUCGUCUCUACAGCUGUCUGCCCGUAUCCUGGGACAACCUAACCGUCACAUGUGCUGCCUUUGCAACGCUCAUGUAUGUGACAGCCUCUGUGGUCUACCCGCUCUUCUUUGUCCGAUCCGAGUGCCCCUACGCUGGCUGUGAUGUCAGAAAUUUCCGCAUUGCUGUGACCGUCUGCUCCAUCCUGGGUACUCUGGCCUAUGGGGCUGAAGUGGCCUUAUGCCGAGCCAGGCCAGGCCAGACUGUGGUGGGCUACAUGGCCACCGUUUCCGGCCUCCUCAAAGUAGUUCAGGGCUUUGUGGCCUGCAUCAUCUUUGGAGCUCUGGCCAACAGGAGUGAGUAUUCCCGUUAUGUUGCCACAAUCUACUGCGUUGUCGUCUACGCUUUCUGCUUCACUCUGACUGCUCUGGUGGUCGUAAUGACUGUGUGCGGACGGACCAAGGCCGUGCGCUGCAUGUCCUUUGACCGUUUUGUGGUGGUCUGCACCCUCCUGGAAGUUCUGCUCUACCUGAGUGCAUCAGUGGUGUGGCCGGUUUUCUGCUUUGACAAUAAAUAUGGAUCUCCAUGGAGACCGUCGUCAUGUCCUCAGGGCAACUGUCCGUGGGACAGCAAGGUUGUGGUGGCUGUGUUCUCCUUUGUCAACUUUGGACUGUAUGUGGCUGACCUGAUCUACUCUCAGAGGAUGCGAUUGGUCUCUUCACAUACUAGAUCACGAGUGUAGCAGCAUAUGGAAGCACGUUUCACAUCACUGGCUUAACAGGUUUAAGUUAUUUAUCUGCUUCACUGUUUAUUAUUUUAUUUUGUUUGUGCAUUUUUUUGAUACUUAAAGACAGAAAAUAUUGAGAGGGAGAGAUGGAUAUGAGUCAGUCCUAGGAGACCACUGGUGCUGCACAAUGUCUGCUGUUGAGGCUCCCAGACACCCCGAAUGUGAAAGCACUGUGGAAUGUGAACAAGGAAUGUUACCACUAUGACCCUUCUGCCACACCCCACAGAGGUGACACCCCAUCUCUUUAACUCACCCCUCCUGCAGUCUGAAAGAUUUUGGGAGAACAGCCAGCCUCAUCGAAGCAGCCUAUAAACCAGCCAAAUCCUCAUAAACCAAGACACUCCUUCUAUUCUUGACCUGCGGCAUAACACACACACACACACACACACACACACACACACACACACACACACACACACACACACACACUUAGUUGGUGUUUGUAUUUCGUUUCAAAUAAUAUAUAAAAGUCUUGAAUAUAAAUAGUAAAUCUGGCAUUGGCAUCCGUGGCAUCUCUGUCAUCUGCAAACCCUACACCAGGGAUCGACGGACAUUACCCAGGCUACCAAAAAUAAACACAAGCCGUCUGGACUCAUAUUGAAGCCAUGAGACAGCAUUUAUAUGAGGAUAGUGUCUUUAAAACCUCUCUAUGAAAUGCUUACUUUAGUCUACAGUUAAAAAGUACAGGUAAUUUCAAGUCCACUGCUAAAAUGACCUGCAGUUUGAGCUGCCAAAUUUGAAAACACACAAACACAAAAUUCACAGUUGCACAACUUGAAUAUGUCACUGUGACCAGAGAAUGUCCCAAACGAUGUUACCUAAUGUACUUAGGUACAGGUCAAAUGUAAAAAAAAACAUAUUUAACAUUUAAAAUGUACUAUAUUUACACUGGCAGUUACAAAUGACCUGUGUGGUUUUUGGUUGCAUGUUUUUUGUAGAUAUUAAGACGAUGAGAUGUAAUGUUACACUAAAAUAAACUUAUUUUUGAAUGUAAGUCUCCAAACACAUACUGGUAUAUAAUUAGACAUAGAUUUAAAGCUGAUAUAAAUAACAUUUUUAAAUGCAUGUGUAUGUGUAUGAGAAAGGUGACAAACCCACAGAGAAUUACACUCUGCACUCUCAUGUGGUUUUAGUUUAAUAGCCCACAACUUUACAGUUUUGAUUCACUCUCACUGCUCUCAUGGCGUCUUUUUCGGCUGCAACAUGGACAGCUGUUUCAGUGAAAAAGCUCUGAUAAAGCCAUACUGCUCUAACAACAGUCAGACAAAGUUAGCCCCUUGCUGGUGGGCAUUUAACAGCUAAAGAGACAGAUAUUUCUCUCUGGAGUUGGUGGAGACCAACAACAGAGCUAAAAGAGAGUGAACGUUCACCAGGUCUCCAGAAACAUCAGUCCACAUGUGUGAUCAUGUUGUUUUAUGUCGUCUGGACGAGUAAAUAAGCAACUGUUAAUGUAAUAAAAAUGUAAUAAUAUGACAAUGUUGUGUUCUGAGCUGGUUGUGCUGCCCCCAGUAGCCAAAUCAAUUAAUACAGGUUUAAAUAUAACAAUACAAACAUAUGCAUCAUAAAAUAAAAACAUAAGGUCCAACAAUAUUACAUAUACAAUACAGUUCAGUCUGUCCGUCUGUCUUUGGGUUAGUGCCUAACCUGGGGGUCAGGAACCCUCACUAGGGGUCGCCCAACACUUCAUGGGGGGUCGCAAAGCCUUCUUGAUUUUAAGGUGUGCAUUAGAAAAGUUUGCAGUUAAAACCAAAUCUAAUAAAACAAUUGUCAAGCCUCUGGGAGAAGAAAACAAAGGAACAAAAUUUAAAAAAGGCCAUUAAGUAUGUAUGAUUUGAUUAAAAGAAUUACCAUGAAAAUAUCAGGAAAACUAAUUUCUCAUGUUAUACUCACAUUAAAUUAUUAUUGCCUUCACUGUUUGUUUAAUGGCACAAUUUAUCAGUUCUUCUGUACUGUGAUUGUUAUGCAUUCAAUGUAAUAGGAGAUAUCCAAAAAACACAUCUCUUAGUCAGGGGUCAUCAAUUUACUCAAUGAUAGAAAAGGGUCCCUGCAUGAAGGUUGGGAAACACUGGUUUAGCGCAUUGUUUUCUUCUACUUGUCAUCACAUAAAUAAGAUUACUGUUACUGUCCAUCGUCUAAGUACAAUGCACAACUGUCUAAAAUCACCUUAAAUAUACUUGUCAAAUGAUCUUCAGUGGGGUCUACUCUUUAAAAAGUGAAUAAAUUAAAGGUUAAGUUUAUAAUA